GUUUGACUCUCUGUCCCACCCGUAGACAGUGGUUACUAUGAGUGACUGGUCAGAUGGCCAAUAAGAGAUUUCUUCUGAAGGACAACCGCCAAUAGAAAGGUAGAGGGGCGGAGCCCAGGAAGUACUCAUCAAGUUGCUCGUUAGCUCGGUGUGUAGCAUUUACUUUCUCCUUGGGGUGUUUUUUUGUGUGCAGAUUUUGGACUUUGGCUCCUCAGUCGUUAUGGUUUGCCAAACCCUUGCUCCAGGCAGCUGAGCAUCUUGGGAAAGGUAGUUCACAGCAGCUUGGGCUACCAAAUGCUUGAGAUAAGAGAGAAAAGGGUAGAUCCCAGAUGUAGAACUACAAAUCCCAUGAUGCUCCGCUUAUGCUUAGAAUGGCAAAGCAUUACGGAAGUUGUAGUUUUAAAACCUCUGGAAAGUCUACCUUUUGAGUACCCCUGCUGUAAAUGUGUUUAUAUUGCUGUAAAUGUGUUUGUGUUUAUAUUGCUGUCUCCCCAUGUAGUUUGAUUACUGCUGUGCUUACAAGGGCUCACUUAUUCCUGUACACUUUAAUAAUGCAUGCAGGAGGGCCUGUGAUCAGUAACCUGUAAUCUCUAUUCAAUGCAUUCCUAAAAUGUGCAGGUUUUUUAUGUCCCUGGUUGAGUUGACAAAUUAAAAAAACAAACAAAAAAAAAACGUUUAUUUACUGAAAACCGCAUAUUUGGAACUUUUUUUUUUUUUGCAAACUUUUUGUAUUUGAAUGGUUUGAAAAAUACUCUGUUGAACCAGUUUUGUAGACAAGACUACUCAGAUUUGCAAACCUAAUGGCAAAAAAAAGUAGAUUAAAGGGAGAAAAAAAUAAAAAUAAUCUCAUCUUUAGUAUUUAAAUUCGCUCCAGUUUAGAUUAUAGUGACUAUGAUCUAAACUGUAGUGAAUUUAAAUACUAUAACGGAGAUUUUAAUUUAUUUAUUUUUCCCUUUAAUCUACCCUUUUUUUUUCUGUUAGGUUUGCAAAUCUGAGUUUGGUCCGUGACCCUGAAAUUGUGAUAAGACCUUAUGUGUAGUAACAUUCAUUUACAUUCAUACAGCCAGAUCACAACUGUUAACUUCAAUAUCAUCCUUGACUAAGUGAGACCCAUCCACUAUAAUUCCACAAUCCUUAUGUAUAAGCAGCAUCUGCUUGGACCAGAGAUCAACAAUACAGGUGGUCUCACGCUAGGUGGAUCAGGCUACUGUGAGAAGUCUGCCUUGGUGCUAAAAUAAAGGUGUUUUGUUGUCUUGAUUGAGUGGCCCUUUAAAAGGCACCAAAACCACAUCAUGUCAGUUUAAGUGGCUAUGGUGCCCAUAGUCCACCACCACCUUCUUAUCGUUAAGCGUUAAAUUGUUUAAAAAGAGUUUAGCACUCAAGUGGACUGCCUCCAGUGCUGGUUUGCCUUCUCUCCUCUGGCUGUUUUGUAAAUGUAGCAAAUUACGUCCUCAACCUAUCACAGCCUGCUGAUAGUGAGUAAUGCCUCCGCAAUGUAUGUAUAUAUUUAAAGCCCUACUCGCUAUGGGCAGUAAGUGGAAGGCAGAGGGCAUCAGCUAUUGCUCUCAGCCAACCAUGUCUGCAUAAGUAACUCUUUCUGCAUUUAAGAGCAGCUGGAGAUGAGAAAGCUUGACCGAUGCCUUGGUGAAUACAUUUAGGUGUUUCAAUAUAUUGACAUACACUUGUAUGCUGUUUACGUGCAUAUUAUCACCGCUUUAACCUGUCUCAUACUAGGUUUGGGGUUUUUGUUUUGUGAGCAGUGUUCUUACAUCUUUUAUACUUUGCAGAAUGUGCUGUGUCCAGUACCUACUGUUGACUGUCCUGUGAUUCCUGGCUUAUGGGAUAUGUUCAGGAUUCCAGUGGUUGCUUUUUCGUUGACUCGUUACGUGUGCACAGUAGGUGGUAAUACAAGUAGUGCUUUAUCGAAAAUGUUUUAUGCUGUCAAAAGAGGGCGCACUCCUGGAGUCUAUAACACUUGGUAAGAACGGCAGUAAAUUAAUUUGGAGGUUUGUACCUGGUAACAUGCUAGAACUGAAAGAAUAAUGAAAGUUUAAUCUCAAACCUGUUUAUUUUUUAGUUAUCCUUACUCGCAGUAAACUGGCAGACGUGAUAGUAUUAAAGGAACACUAUAGGCAUCAAAACAACUUUAGCUUAAUGAAGCAGUUUUAGUGUAUAGAUCACGGACAGGCAACCAUCGGUACCCCAGAUGUUGUGGACUUCAUCUCCCUUGAUGCUUUGCCAGCAUUGUGGCUGUAAGAGCAUUAUGGGAGAUGUAGUCCAACACAUCUGGAGUGCGGAAUGUUGCCUGCACGAGUCAGUGUGUGUGUGGGUCUGCGUGAGUGGGUGGAACGAAUGGAGCGGCAACUUUUUUUUUUUUUCACCUAGGGCGGCAAAAAUCCUUGCACGGGCCCUGAGUGUAUACGUUCGAUGACUCUUCGCAGGAUGUGUUUAGGAAGGCUGUGCAAUUCACAUGCAGGGAGGUGAGGGUUGCAUAGACAAAGUGAAUUAACUUCUAAAUGGCAGAAAAUUGAGCAAUUUGACUGCAGGGGCAUGAUCUAUACAUGAAAAUGAUUUUAUAAAGCUAAAGUUGUUUUGUUGACUAUAGUGUCCCUUUAAUAAAGUGAUUUCAUUGUAUACAUCAUGCCCUGGCACUCCUAGCUCCACUUUUCUGCCAGUUAGGAGUCUACUAAAUAAACUUAUUUCUGUCUUUGCAGCCCUCCCCUAACUGUGACUCACACAACAUGUAUGCAGGAAAGAAAAAGGUUUCAUUUUCAAUCAGAUGUUAAAGGGACACUCAUGUCACCAUAACAACUUUAUCUAAAUGUGUGCUGGAGAUGCAACUAGGUUCUGGCUAAAAACUCAUUAAUUUAUUAAUUCACUCAUGCUGCAUUGAUGCAUUUAUAUAUUUCAGUUGUUUGUUUUAGUAGUUAUUUUAAAUAGAUUUUGUUAUGCUUAAUAUUCAUAACAGAAAUCCAACAUUUUUGGUAAAGUCAUUUGUCUUAUUUAGUUUUAAGAUGAUGAUUUAUCCACUACAAUGAAUCCAUGAUUGUAUUUCAUAGUCAGUAGCUCUGACAGUUGUAUAACUUGAGUUUUGGCUAUUCCAGGGAUGAAUGUAAAGCUCAAGUGGACCGCUUCCCGUCGGCUAGGUACAAGAAAUUUGCUGCAGAGAAUGAAGCCUGGGAGUUUGUUAGAAGUACACAGGAAGCUCAGACACUGAACACAGACGGUAAAUGAUCACUAUGUUUUCUAAACCAAUAAUAUACUGAAUACAUUUCCCAUAACUUAUAUUAUCAAGGCAGAUGGCACUAACAUCAUGAUGUUCCUGAAAGGGUUAAUGCUGUUCUUGACUCAACUCUUCUCGAUUCUCCGGUCACCACAUCAAUUGACGGGAGUUCUUGUUUAGCAGAUUAAGACACAGACAUGAAAGAGUGCUUAACAAGUUCUCAGGGAGUAUAUUUUCAGGGCUAGCAUUUAUACACAGUUUGUCACGCAAGCAGCGAGAUUUAUCGUUUACUUGUAGUUAAUAGUACAUACUUGUCUGACAUUAAAAGAUAAGCAUUUGAAUAAAGGCGGGACAGGAACAUCCUGAGGUCGAGCGAGGUCAUGCAUCCUGUAGAAGGGAGGCCUCUCAAAAGCAUGUUACAGAAUACAUCUGCCAAGGUCAGCAUAAUUAUUUCAAACAUUAUUUUAAAGCAUUUAAAGCAAAAAGUUAACUAUUUCAUAUCAUUACAGUUCCAUUGAUGGUUUUCCUCAGUGAUACAGGAUUUGUUACCAUUUGUGUACGUUCACGUAUAAGUGCCUUCUAACUUGUCAAAGUCCUAAUCCAAUACAACUGGGUGGGGCAGGAAAAUUGUUGCUUCUGAAUGUGGACUGUGAAUAUGUAAAUGUGAAUUUGCCAGCAUGCUUUUAGCCUUAGCCAGCCAGUAAGCCUACAUGUGUAGAGCAUUGGAAAAUUGCAUGCAUGCACAGAAAAGUCUGUAUGAGUUGUUUGUUUGUGUGGAUUUUUUUUGUUUUGUUUUUUAACGCUAUGCUACCUUGCAUUUGGAGUAUUAAAGGGACACUAUAGUCACCUGAACAACUACAGCUUAAUGUAAUUGUUCUGGUGAGUAUAAUCAUUGUCUUCUGGCAUUUUCAUGCAAACUGUUUACAUUCCACCCUUAGGGACACCUCCAAGUGCCCACUCCUCAGAUGGCCACUGGAGGUACUUCCUGGGGCAAUGCUGCACAGUAGGCAGCACUGCCCUUCAGCGUCUUCACGCUCUGCAUGGGGAUGCUGAAUUUUCUUCAUAGAAAAUAUGAGAAGGUGCUGAUUGGCUAAAACAGUGUGGUCACGCCACCUUGCCAAUUUUUAACCAAUCCAAUGCUUUCCCUAUGGGCAAUUCUGAUAUCACCAAGGAGGCGGAACAGGGGCAAAGCCGGCAGACUUUUAUUCUUUAUUUUGGUUGUGCAUGGAUGGUACAGUAUCGCAUUUCAAAUUGUUAAGCAACGUCAAACAAUUUUAACUGUCAUGAGAAAGUUCAACAAUAAUAGCUUAUUCUGCAAAUUUUUAUGGUUUCUUACAAAGUGUUGAGACACAAUGCACGUGUGGGGUCCUCAAGCUGAUUGCAGGGCUAAACUAGUGUAUGGGCGCUGUGUGAGUUUGAACACAAGUUGAGACAUAUAUAGGUUACAGGUUUGUGUUAUCUCUGCUUUGUAUCAGCUCGCAGUAGUGCUGAUUCAAAUGUGGGGGUACCUACUGAUAAGUGCUGAGUAAAUGUGUGUAUUGCGGGACUGUUAAAGAGCCGUAGCUGAGAUAUCUGUAUCAGUGUACACGGGCUUGUGAGAAAGGCAAUUAUGGGGUUAAAAUUGUAUGGCUUCCUGUGUGCAUCUGGUAGUGUCAGAGCUUUAGGCAUGUUGUGGGUUAUUUACACUGUUGUCUAGGGUGUUGCAUUGCCUUAGUCCUGGGAGACAACUCGAGUGUCCACUUGGGGAUGCUCAGCCGAUGCCUGUUAAUGGCUGGCCAGUAGGCACCAGAGGCUGAAGUCCAUGUUGGUGAAUGAGCUUGUCGGAUAGGUCGGCCUCUGCUGCUCUUGGUGUCGUGCUGGGGCCGCCAUUAGGAAGUGUGAGAGAUGCAAGUAUUGGGGGUAUUGCAGGGGUAGCCUCCGGGCGAGUCCCUUUUGAGGUUUUAGGCGACUCACCCGUGGUCGAGCGUUUAGGUGUUGGGGUUUGUUUCGGGCUUCCCGCCUCCUUCUCCCUGCUGUCCAGGUCCCUCUCGGAUUUCAUUUCGUUUUUGCGUGCUUCUGUUUGGGGUUUCUUGGGGCUGAUGCCACUGGUGCUUCCUCUGGGGUGACCCUGCGGCUAAUUAUCUUGGCCCAGAAGUUUGCAAACAGUCGGUCUUGCCUCUCCCACAGUGGGAGCAGGCAGGCCUCGGGUGCUGAGGUCCGCGUGGCUGCCGCCAUUUUGGCUGUCUCUGGCCCCGCGGAUUUGGUGAGCCGAUGUUGGUACCUCCAUCUAGGGCCACAUGCUUUGGUUGCCGGCCGUCUCCCCUGUGCCUUCUGGGUGGGCCACAGGUAGGCCUCAGGUCUCUCUACUGGUCACGGUCGCCUGUUGGGCUCAGGGUCUCAAUUUAACUCCUUCUCCAUGUUGUACCCUUGUCUCUGGGGCUGAAGGGCAGUCUCUGUGUGGAGAACUGUAGUAUUUUAUAGCAGGUUUUGUUUCCGGAGCUCAUCUAUAGUGCGGCCGCUCUGUUCGUCGUUCAGGCUCUGCCACUUUUAAUUCCUUUUUAAGGAGGUUAAGAGGGGGAGGGGGAGGUUAACCACCUAAAUGUUGGGUUUAACAGUAUAGGGUCAGGAAUACAUGUUUGUGUUCCUGACCCUAUAGUGUUCCUUUAAAUUAUAUUUUGAGAAUUUGGUUUAGAAUAAAGAUGCAGUAAUUUGGCUCUGGCAGUUCUGAUGCGUACAGCUGGCUACUACAUAUUUAUAUUUUAUUCACGAAAUUUCAAAUUGGAUAUUUUAGCCUAAUUGUAAUUUAGUUUUUUAAAUUGUGACUAUAGAUGAGUUGUAGGAUAUAAAUUAUUAUUUUUUUUUUUCCACUCUUAAAAUUCUGUGUUUACUGAAUAAACCUAUGUGUGAAUUAAUAAAGCAGAAAGCAUCAGAAAAGAGAUGGCUAUUAAAGGGACACAGUAAGGACCAUGACCAUGGGAACUAUACACCCCCUGUUCUGCAUUAAACGUUUUCCAAGCAGUUUGAAACAAAAUGAGGGCCCCCAGGAAUCUCUGGUCUGGUCCAAUUGCUUGCCGCGUUAAUUUAACAUGUACACUUCUACAUUCGUAACCUUUUUUGUUAAAAUUUGGUUGGUAUUGGUUGGCUGAGUGUCGUCCGAUGUGUUUUUUGGUUGGCGGAACCAUCCAAAUUUGUCCAAUAUUCAGUCCUGGUCUGUAGUAUAACUUUCAUUUUAUCAGUAGGGUCGUAUGGGAGGGGCCCGGCUGUGAGCGCCCAAAAAGCUUUUCUUUGUGUAAUACUCUUUUGAAAAUUAUUUGACACUGUAUAAGGGGCCAUACCAUACAGUUUUUAAACCUAUCUCUUCAUCAAACUACUCAAACAAUUUUUUUUUUUCUGGCACAAUAUCUUCAAUCCCCCCCCCCCCCUUGGUCCUUAAGGGGUUAAGCAGGAUUCUUCCCUUUUUUUAAAUUGUUUUUUAAUUUUUUUUUAAUUUUUUUUUUUUAAACCAAGUUUUGUUCUGGUGUUAACUUUUACAUGUUAUUAGUUCUAUUGAAUAUAUUGUCUUUACACACAAUAAAGAUUGUAGAAUCUGAAUUAUUUUUUUUUUUUUUUUAAUAUAUUUAUGGUUUUGUUGUUGCCAAAGAAGAAUAUAUUACACUUAUUUUGUAGAUGGUUGUGGAAAGCAGACCUCUUCACCAGCAAAGUCAUCAGAAUCUCAUUCAAAACGAUCAUAUUGUGCAAAGAGACCACUUAACCCAUCUCUGAGCUCUUCUGAGACAGGACAACCUGCCAAACGCACCAAGCUCAUUGAUAUCAGUUCCUUGCCAUCUUUAAAUAAUGGAACAUUUAACUACAUGGGUAAGACAAUGUGUUAUUUCAGACUUGCCUUUCAUUUGGUUGAGUUGCAUUUAUAUGAUGUUGUAUACGUUGUGCAUAACUCUAUUGUAAAUCAUGGGUAUCCAACAGCGAUUGUAGAGCAGCUUCACACGAUUGAUGCUCUUUGAUAAAGCCUUCUCAUAAAUUGCAUAACAUAGGCUUUUGCCUACAGCUUUGAACUUGCCAUGAACUGUUAGCAAUGUAAUAAUGUCAUCUGUUCACAAAUUGCCUUACUGCUUUACACAAAUUGCUGGCAAACGUUUAUUUUGUAAAAUUCCUGGCUACCAUCUCACUGCCAGUGCCACUACAGUCUACAAUGACUAAUGUUCAGCUGUACGAUAGGCAUUGUGAGCUUUUAAUCUAUAUACAUGUUACUGUCAAUUUCUCACUAGUACAAUGUAUAGAUCAUGUUUGCACCACUAAUCUAGAGCUGAAUCUGUCUUAUUCUCUUUAAUAGGUUAUUAGAUUUUGGACAUUUAUUAACACACUCCAAUUUUCAUAUAGAAUGUUUAGUGAUGACAGAUUGAACAAAACCCACUCGAUGAUUCAAUUAAUCAAGCAAGUAAAAGUGCUGUGCUUUUGAUUAUUUUUUUUCCUCUAAAUGGCAGAGAAUAGAGCAGUGAGACUACAGGGGCAUGAUCUAUACACUAAAACUGCUUCAUUAAGAUGAAGUUGUUUUGGUGACUAGUGUGUUCCUUUUUAAGAUCUGUUUAGAUGUCUUUUAUUUCUUAUGCUGCAGUAGGCAACCCUGAUGCUUGAUUGAUGAAACAUGCUGGGUAUUUGGUUGUUUCACAAUAAGGGCAAUAAAAUAUCCCCCUCCAAAAAAAACCUAAUGAAAACACUUUGGGUUUCAUAAAUCUAUAAUUGUGGAAAACAUAUAAGUAAAUUUCAUGUUUUAGAUUAAAUGGCUAUUUGACCUGAAAUGUGCUAUUCCCUUGUGUAUUCUCUACAAUCACUGGUUGUGAGUGAAGCCCUUUGACUUUUUUCUUUCCUCCUCUAGUUACAUUGUCAAGUUUUACCUCUCCCCACUUUUUCCUCUGCAGGUGAUUUUACUGUGGUAUACACAGAUGGCUGCUGUUCUCGCAAUGGUCGAUUAAAAGCCCGAGCUGGGAUUGGUGUUUACUGGGGUCCAAACCACCCAUUGUAAGUGAUACAAAUUUGUUUCUGGCUUUUGUGCGAGUGUGGCAAGCCAAUGUUAAAAUCCAUGUGAAUGUAUACAUAUAAUAUUGUGAAGCGUGGUACUUAGUAGGGAUCGACCAAUAUUGAUUGUGGGUUUUUUUUAGAGCAUUUUUUUGAGAGCCGAUAACUCUGAUAUUCUGUACAUUUACCAUUUUGAAAAAAUAAACUAUUUCUAAAGGUAAAUGCACAAAAUAUACAUGCCACAUGUAGUGGACGCAGGGUGUUUAGACAGGGGAGCUGUGUGUGUAUUUGUGUAGUGUGUGUGUGUAUAUAAUGAAUGAAGAGUGUGUGUGUGUGUGUGUGUGUGUGUGUAUAUAUGUAUAUGUAUGUGUAUAUAUAUAGUGUUUGAAUGUAAUUUGUGUAAAGUGGGGUCCCUGUGUACAUAUCUGGGCCUGCGGAGCAUUGCCAGGGUAACUCAUGGCAACGCUCUGCCAGCGGCGGGACUCAUGAGAUUUAGACAGGGAGCUGCUGGAAAGGUAAGUAAGCGCUUGCUUAAUGGGCCCGACGGUCCUGGUAUGUACUAUCUGCAUCUCUAUUGGCCAAUACCGAAUAUCAGCCAGACCAAUAAUCAGUCGAUCCCUAGUACUUAGGAAAGACUUAAUUAUAUAGAAUUGGAGGGCAAGUUUUUAAUUCGUGGGUUCCUUAUAAAUGUUGAAUCUGAAAGGCAACUUGUAUUAAAAAAAAAAAAAAAGUGUGCUAGUUUUAGUGAAGAUACAGGCCAUUUGCUCAUUCUGUAUGGUCACUGGGAUGUGCAAUAAAAGUAUAUGGCUCUGAAGGUGUCAAUAUACCUCACACUUAAACCGCCUUAAGUACUGACACUGAAUGAGAGAAGGUUGUGUACAGAAUACAAAUUAAAAAGUUUUGUUUUAUAAUUACAUUGUGGGUGUAUUCAACCCCCCCCCCUCUAAUAUUUAAACUUUCAUUGCUAUUGAUUCUCAUAAACGGGUAAAAGCAAAGAUAGUACUCUUAUGGGAAUAUUUUAAUUGUGUUUAUUUAGAUGCAGCUGGAAAGCAUUUUGUUCUAGCUUUUUAAAGGGAUACUUAUAAGUGCCAGGAAUACAAAGCCGUAUUCCUGGCACUAUAGCCAGUCUCAUAUGUUGACUUUUUUUUUUUUUUUUUAUACUAAAAGUGAAGCUUGUUAGCUGUAGUUUGUCCACUAAACUUGGCACUCUAAAUCAAACAAGGUCACUCAAGAGCUGCAUGGGUGUACUCUUGGGAAAUCAGUACUGGAUAACAGGGAAAUCUGUACAUGCGCAUGUUGCCAAAACAUCAAUAUAAUUCUUAUCCAUCUUAAUCUUAUUAAGCUUGAAGAUAUUGCUUUCAGAUAUUUUGUUCUUUUUGAAUUCCUAAGUUCACAUUUUGCCUAUAUAGAGUUCCCUGGUAAUUCUCACUUUUUGCAAGUGAUGUCUGUAGAUUGAUUACACGCCAGAGUCUGUGCUCACUCCAACAUCUCUACAUUGCUCAAAGAAUAAUGGGAUUUGAAGUUGAACAGUCUCUAACACAUCAUUCUAGAGUCCCUGAAACUUCAGUGUAUGAAUAUCUGUUUAUUGAGAAUAAAGUUAGAUCACAGUUAGAAUGAAAAAUCUGACUUUUAAACUAUGCAGAAAUGAAUUUCCAUAAGCCCCUCUCACCUUCAUACUACUAUUCGAACUAUUUGUUAGAUUUAAUCCUUUAUGGUGUUUCUCGAUUUUUGACUUGUCUUUCCAUGGGAUUGAUAAUUCUGUGCAUUUCUAUGGUUUACAGGAAUGUUGCAGAAAGACUUGAUGGAAGACAGACGAACCAGAGGGCUGAAAUACAGGUAAAGCCAGCUUGUACUACAGUGUCCUCUUUAUAUUAUUUAUCUGUUUUGGAUUUUAAAGCUAGAAAUAUUUUCCUAAACUUUAGGAGCCAGUGCUAAGGUUAGUAGGCUUUUGCAACAGUCUAUGGCAUUUAAAGGGGGUUUUAUUUGUGGGCGGUGGUGGUUGUUUUAUUUUUUUUAAUUUUUUUUAUUUAUUUUUUUUUAACAUUCAGCCCAGAGCAAAAAAAAACAAAAAAAACAACCUAAUACUCAAAAUUGGAAUACCAGAAGUGUUCCCCCUGAAUGGAAGGGAAAUUAAAGUUAGGAAAGCAUUAAUGUUUGAAUUUAGUCAUGUGUUGAAAAAUAAAAAAACACUACAAAGGAAAACCAAACUUAACAGAUGGAAGCUGUCUUAACUGUGAGUGACCACUCUACUUUUUCAUCAUAUUUUGGUUCAUAGUGACAUACUACACCAUUGCUAUUCUGUCCUUUUUUCUCCUUCCAUGAUACACCCUGAGGAAUAUUUGGCAACUACAAAGAGCAAGAUACAGCUUGUUUAGGUUUGCUGCCUUCCAGCCUCACAUAUACAUAUAUAUAUAUAUAUAUAUAUAUAUAUAUAUAUAUAUAUAUAUAUAUAUAUAUAUAUAUAUAUAUAUAUAUAUAUAUAUAUAUAUAUUUGUGCUCGGAAUUUAAAUACGUGAUGGAUAGUAACUGUGAGCAAAGUUGGUUGUGGUGUGCCGAAACCAACGUACGAGUGGGCCUGUAAAUAAAAGAGGGCCCACCAAGGAUAAUGUAGUUAAAACAGGGUGUAGGUGGGUGGGGACAAUCAGCUGAGCGGCAGCGGUGAGUAGGGGCUGGGAGCUUAAGUAGGGGACUUACUCCUCCCACAAAUUCAGGCCUAAUGGCCUUUCUACUUGUGCUCGGAAUUUAAAUACGUGAUGGAUAGUAACUGUGAGCAAAGUUGGUUGUGGUGUGCCGAAACCAACGUACGAGUGGGCCUGUAAAUAAAAGAGGGCAAAAAGAUAAAUUCGAGAAAAUACACACUUUAUUGCAUUUUUACAAGACCAAGUUUCUGAAAGCUUGGCGAAGCUCUUUCUCUGGUUGCGGAAUAUAUGCGUUAUAUAUGGAGGAUUUCCAUCGCCCGAGCCUUUUGAUGAUGUGGACCGGUGCGUUUGUGCUUGAGGCUGCUGAGGCGGCUCCUAUGCGGAAGGAGUGCCCAGAGAAUGCAGCCGGGUUGUGUCCGAGCUUAGAUAACAGAGUUCUGACAUGAGACAUCAAUUUUGCCGUGGUAAGCGGGUGCCCUUGUAAUGUUAAGAGCGGAGAGUCUGGCAGGUGAGUGUGAAGAGUUGACCGUAGUUGGUCGAGAACUUUCACCGGACACCAGGCAUUAUCAGUAGGGAAGAGAGGAAUUAUUGUAGGAUGUAUUGACCGGUUGGUUUUAGUGGUAGGGAUAGAAAGGAGGUAGUGAUCCUCUACCUUGGUGAGGUGUGAAGUUUUAAGGCAUCGUGCGAUAUCUCCUUGACAAAUCACUGUGAAUUCUCUAGGUCUGAGAAAACCGUAGAAAGCGAGAUAUAUGGCAGAUUUUAUCACCGUAUUGGUGUGGCUAUCAAAUGGGGCUGUGUCAAGGAGAUUGCUAAGUGACCUGAAGAUAGGCCCGUCUAUGGGUAAUCUAGUGCUUGCGAGUGGUGGUGAAACCUUUGAUAUACCUUUCAAUACCUUUUUUAUGGGGUAUGAAGACAAAAAGGGGGUGCUGUUAGGAAAAUUGGUGAGGCUGUGGUGCUGAACCCCGGUGAGGUAAAGUUUAAUGGUGUUGUGUGACAGAUUAAGGUGUAGGUGGCAGAAAGAGGCAAAAGACACCAUGGUUUGGAUAGAAAAGUCACCUUGUAGCCCGAACUCUGCAGUGAAUUUGUUAAAUAUGUUAAGUGCCCUAUUGUAAGUGAUAGCAGUGUUGGGUGAUAAUGCUUGGUGAGUGAGUGAUCUAGCGUGAAGCAAGAGUGUGCUUAAUCCAAUAUUAGUUCGUGAAACCGUGGUGUCCUGGAUGGCUGUUGGUGAGCUGCUGGGAGUGCCUGAGAAAAUGCCUGGAAUCGAGAACGAGAAAGAGCGUCAGCGGCGGUGUUGUGAAUACCCAGGAUGUGAGAACAUACUAAGUGAAACUGAUUGGAUGCUGCCAGCCAGGUCAACUUGCGAAUCAGCCGCAUGAUGGUCAGGGAUGAUGAGCGCCCUUUGUUAAUGAUAUCGCAAGCUGCCGAGUUAUCUGAGUAGCAUUUUACUGCCUUGCCGGACCAGAGAUGACCCCAGGUGUGUGCGGCCGCCACAAUGGGGUAAAUUUCAAAUAGGGUUGAGGUCUCCCUGAAUCCUGGCAAGGCAUCCGUCUCAGUGGGCCAGUGGCCCCUAAACCAGUGGUUCCCGAAAAUGGCUGCGAAACCGGUGUUGGCUGCUGCGUCUGUGUGGAUGAUGGGUGAAGAGGUGGAGAGAGGGGGGAUAAACAUGGAGAUACCAUUUCCAGUCUUUCAAAAACUGGGGGUCCAAAGAAACUGUGCCGGAGUCCAGGACUCCAUGGAGCAGGCAAAGAAGUCUGGAAAUAAAAGACCUUCCCUGCGGAAUGAUGCGCAUGGCGAAGUUCAGAGAUCCAAGAAGGGACUGAAGUUCUCUCCUGGUGCAAACGUCACUCCGCAGGAACGUGUCUAUCUCCCCUCUCAAUCGUGAAAGUUUGUCGUGUGGAAGGCUAGCUCUGAGUUUGACAGAAUCGAGCUCUAUGCCUAAAAAGGUCAACUUUGUUGUGGGUCCUAUAGUUUUGGCUGGGGACAAAGGGACUCCAAGUGUGGAAAAAAGUGGGGUAGUACUAUUGAUUGCUGUGGGUGUUGAUGAUCAGUAGAAAGUCAUCUAGAUAGUGAAUAACGGAGUGACACCUGAUGACGUUCAGAAGCAGCCAGCAUAGUGACUCUGCGAAAAUGUCGAAAAGUUUGGGGCUGCUUCGCGAACCAAAAGUGAGUCGUGUUGAGAAGUAAUAAUACCCUCGCCAUUUAACACCGUGUAAGUGCCAGAGUGAGGGGUGUAUGGGCAGUAAUUUAAAGGCGUUAGUGAUGUCUGUUUUGCUGAGCCAGGGUCGAUUACCAGAUGUCAUGAUGGACUGUAUGGCGUCGUCGAUGGUGACGUACUGCAGAGAGAAUUCGUCUGCUGGAAUGAGUGCGUUUAUGCUUGGAACAAAAGAGGAGUGCGGUGCCGAUAAAUCGAUAAUGAGACGUUUUUUAUUAGAAUAUUUGUGAAUAGCAAUACCAAUAGGGUUAGUGCGCCAGGAGGAAAACGGUGAAGAGGUGAAAGGACCGAUCAUGAAACCGUUUGUGGUUUCUGCGGAAAUGAGAGUGUCUACAGCGACUGGGUCUAAACGUGCAGACUGGAGAUUAGGACAUUCUAGUGUACCUGGUGGAAUGGCUAUUAUGCCUGUGUGAAACCCUUGUGAGAAACCUGUGGUGAGAAAAUCCACUAAGUGCCCGCUGGGGUGAGACCUUAGAUAAAAAACCAGGUUGUCGAUAUUUAUGUCGGUUAGUCAUUUGUUUGGUGACAACCUGGCUGGACACAUGGUCUUGGUAUGUGCCCUGAAACAUAUGGAGCAGAUGUGCAAUAAUCUACAGGCGCUGAAACUGCAGGAGCCUGCGUUGAAAUUAUUGCACACCUGUGCUUUACCUAAAAAGGAGAUGGGCCUACCCAGCUUAUCCCGGAGACCACCCGCUGGCUUGUGAGGGGUGAAAGAGGAGUGAGGUGUGAACGUGGGGUGAGGGGUGAGAGUGGAGGUGGUGGGAUCUGGUUCGACGGGACAUAAGUCCGCCAUGUGGGAUGUAGAAUUACAGAUGGCACAAGCCGGGGGCCUGAGUCCAGCGAAGUGGCGACAGAAAAGUUCAGUGUCCAUCUGACCCCAGUUCAUUCUAAUGUUGAACUGCUUGAGAUGGGUCGCCGCCUUCGCUGAGACUGACUUGUGGUAGUCAUAGAAGGAAGAGCCCCCGUACUUGAUGCCUAGAUCCACUACCUUGUGGAGAUAGAGAUCUAGCUCUUCUCUCCUAUGGGGAUACACCGUGCAAAUGACGUCGCGGUAUAUCCCAAAAGCUAUCACAAACUGUGGGAUAGACAAUUUUUUAUUAAGCCUGGGAUCCCUCGUUUUAAGCACAACAGAAAUGUCACCAUAAUUGUAUGCCUUGUUCUCGAGUACAUCCUGAGAGGCUAUGAGUAAAGACACCAGACACACAUCCUUCCCGUCAAGGAUAUCUUUCCUGAUAGAAUCUGGGACGGAGUGUGCUGGUGACUCGAAAGGUGUGAUGGCUGUGCCAGGUGCUGGAGGGGGGAGUAUAGAGGGACAUGAAGGUAUGACAGGUACAGCCGUGGUAGAGACUGGGACUACGGUGUUAGUACCUGAGGAGGAGAUGGCGCUCUCCACCUUAGACAGCCUGCUAUUGAGGGCCUGUAGAUUGGCCAAGAUAUCUGCCAGGGUAUCCUGGGUGGCCGUGCUGUUACUUGGUGGUUGUCCUUGAGAGCUAGUUCCCGGCCGAGGCUCGGGGACUUGGUGGGUAAGCAGCCUGUAAAGUUCUGCCUUUCUAGCUGUGGCCGGAAAGGGGAUUCCCCUGAGCCUAAGCUCGGCUGUGAUUUUGGGAAUAGUCCAUGCUCUCAAGGACGUGGGGGUUGAAAGAGUGAGUGAUUCGCCUGGAGACACGGGUCUGAUUGGCGUGAAUGGUGCUUCUUCUGUCAGUUCUUCGGUUGGAAUUGGUUCUUGGGACAUUCUAAAAAGGAAUGAUUAUGUGAAAGAUAUAUUAGAAGGGGAGUGAGGUAAGAAGGGGGGGUAUGGGGAGUGGUGUGUCUUGAAGAACUGGACUUUAAUGCUAGAUGCCGAGGCGAAAAACUUAACUAUUGAAUGACUGGAUAGGUGAGGCCCUGCUAAUGCCAAGUGGCGAUGAGAGGCUCUACCUAUGAUUUGGCUUAUGACGUAGGUGCCACAGACGUGGUGGCGGGAUGUUGGCCUCUCGGUGACGAUAAGAGAAAUCAAAACGUGUGGCCGUGACAGGUGAGGCCCUAACUAGAGCCCUGUAGUAAGGCAUGCGAGGCUUAUAACUAUGAUUUGGGCGUGGGGCCGUACCUCCGUGUUGAGGUGGGGUGGGGGUGGUAGGCCUCGCGGGAUCAGAUUUCCUGAUAGGGUGGGCUAAGGCAUUAGCCUGUGCCGUAUAGCCAGUUCGAUAGUAUGCUAAAGGGUAAAGUUAGAGGACUGGAGUGGUGUGUGGAUACUAACCUUGACUGGUCGCAAAUGGUAUCUGGAGCCUCCUGGUAAGUGUAGAGAGUCUUGUCUUAAAUGUUGUCUUUGAGGAAGAAUCCUGGGGGUUUAAGACAGAUGUUGAUGUGUUUAUACGUAUCGUGAUGUCGUAUGAAUAGUAUAGGGAGAAGGUUUGUUAGGGGCACCACGUGAGAUCCUGCAUUGAGGGAUCUGGGAGGUUUAGGUGUAGGAAUGGGAUGAUUUUGGAUAUGAGUGAGAAGGCAGAAUGAGGCCUUGGGGUAGCGAAUGGACGUACUUGAGUAAGGAUGUAAGUACCUGAAGGUAUGGCUGAGUACCGGGUCAGGUUUUUGGUGUCUUCUGAGCCUGAUGGCCGUAUGACCGAAAGUCUGUGUAGACAAGUAGUAAAGAGAUAACGUAUCCUGGGCGUAAGCCUGAGGGAAGGUAGUAAUGGAGUUGAGACCGCGUGAGGUCUAGUAUUGAAAAGAGAGUGAACUAUACCUUUGUUUAAAGUACAGAGAUUGUUUAAUCGUGGCAGGUUAACUGCGUAGAAACGGUGGAAGCUUAGAUUAGUACAGGAUCUAAGGGUUUAACCAAGACAAAUUUCCUAUUUAGCAAUAGAUGUGAAGAUAAUUGAUAAAACCUGAUAAAUCAAGGUGAUAAUAAACCAUACCUGUUCCUGUAAUAAAAGGACCUUGAAAUAACAACUUUAAUGCAGAAAAGCAAGAGACCGAUGCAAUCUGUAAAAGCCAAAAAUGUGACAGCGUGAUUUAUGUGCAAGGAAUAGUACGGAUUAUGUGUAAAGGGUAUAACUUGUAAAUAGUGUUUAAAUGACUUAUCUGAGUGUUAUUUGGAAAGAAUGGUAUAGCUUGAAUUUAGAUACGUAUGAAGUUAAGAACCGUGGUGAACAUUAUGUUUAUUACAGAAAAAUACUUAAAUGGUUUAACAAGGUAGGAAAACACAGGGCUGGUAGUUAACCAUAUAAUGUAACCGCAAACUGAUAUGAAGGAAUAAAUAAUAGUAGGACUGUGAUUAGAACUUAUGCAUGCUUAGUUUAAAAGAAUAGAAAUAACCGAAUGUAAAUUAGUAAGAUGGUGUUUGUGAAUUUAACCAUACGAAUAGGUUAGUGCUGAAAUAACCGAACGGAAAAAGUGAAUACAGAUAAUAAUGAGCAUAAACAUGAAAUAUUCAUUCGGUUGUUUCCGUACGAAAAUGCAUUAAAUGAUAGCGAAAUGAGCCGAACGUUCGUGCGUUUUUUGGCGCGAAUGGAGAUAUUAACGAAAAGCGUGUAUUCGUGAAAAUGCGAAAGAGGGAGCCUACCCCUACGUUUUUAGGCCCGAACGGCGGGGAAAUAGCGAACGCUAAUUCCCACGCCUUGCUUACGUGAACGCGCCGGUCUCGUGACCGGAAGUCGGGUACCUCGACCGGAGGGAAACGGAGUGGAAGGACCUCGGACGGACGGAGGAUUGCACAGGGCGACUGGCUGCUGGAAACAGGUACAGUUCUGGCGGGAAGCUGGACCGGAAGUGCUGGUUGCUAAGGACAAUCAGUUGAGCGGCAGCGGUGAGUAGGGGCUGGGAGCUUAAGUAGGGGACUUACUCCUCCCACAAAUUCAGGCCUAAUGGCCUUUCUACAUGUGUAUGUAUAUAUGUAUAUGUAUGUUUAAACAUUUGAUCUCCCUUUACAGGAAGUGUUUAGGAAGGCUGUGCACUUUGCAGGGAGGUGUGACUAGGGCUGCAUUAACAAAAAUGACUUAACUCCUAAAUGACAGAAAAUUGUGCAGUGAUACUGCAGAGGCAUGAGCUAUACACCAAAACUGCUUCAGUUUUUUUUUUUUGAUGACUAAAGUGUAUGUUUAAGUAUUUCACUGCUAAGAGGCCAUAUUUGUUUUUUUGUUUUUUUUGGGAGGGGAGUUGUAACUAAAGGAGGAUUUAUGCCUGACCACUGCUAUUACAUGCUAUUUACGGUGCUUUAAGUCCUUGAAGAUUUGAGAAAAUGAUGAACUAUUUGAAAGUUGCUUAAAGUUAGAACAAAAAUGUCUUUCCUGCUGCAUGUCGUUUUUUUUGUUUUUUUUUCUUACUUAAAGUUAAUAUGUAUGUGCAUAUAUAUGUACCUGUGUUGUUUGAAGAUGAAAGCUUGGUUUCUUUCAGGCAGCAUGCAAAGCAAUAGAGGUGGCAAAAUCCCAAAAUAUCACAAAACUUGUUCUUUACACAGACAGCAUGUUUACAAUAAACGGUAAGCAGCAAACUAUGGAAUUCCUUUUUUAUUAUAAUUGUGGAGUUUCCUUUUUUUUUAUUUUUUUUUUUGGUUUUUCACUUUUUUUUUACUUUUUCUUUUAGGUAUCACUAAAUGGAUCAAUUCUUGGAAGAGUAAAAACUGGAAGCUUAGCACAGGGCAAAAUGUUAUUAACAGAGAAGACUUUGAAAAGCUUGAUAAACUAAUUGAGGGAAUAGAAAUUAAAUGGGUAAGCGCAUGAUCAGUUAAUUUAAUGUUAAACAAGAAUAUUACUAAUAUAGGUACUGUAUUUGUGUGUGUGUGUGUGUGCACCUAAUCUAAUUUAAUGAAUUACCAAAUAUCUGGUUGCCGUAAAAUGUCAGAGAUAUUAUGUUAUUUAUAUAGCACCAACAAAUUCCGCAGCCCUUUACAAUGGGUGGACGAACAGACAUGUAGUUGUAACCAGACAAGUUGGACACAAAGGAACAGAGGGGUUGAGGGCCCUGCUCAAUGAGUUUACAUGCUAGUGGGAGUGGGGUAAAAUGACACAAAAAGGUAAGGAUCGUAUUCGACUAAUGACAGUUACAAGAGAGGAAUCAGUCGGGUGCUAUUAAUAGUUUAAUUGAUACGCUUUUAUGAAGAAGUGGGUUUCCAAUGAUUUUUUUUUGAAGGAGUGGAGACUGGGUGAGCAUCUUACUGAGGAGGGAAGCAAGUUCCACAGGAACGGUGCAGCCCUCGAGAAAUCUUGAAGGCGUGCAUCAGAGGUGGGAGUACGGACAGAAGAUAGACGUAAGUCUUUAGCAGAGCGUAAGGGUCUGGAGGGGGCACAUACUUGUGUAGUAGGGAGGAUAGAUAGGUGGGAGCAGAAAUACUCCAAUCCAUUGUUUAUAAUCUCAAUUAGUUACAAAUAUACAUUUUAUGGUGACCUCAACAUGUAUGUAUGUCCCAGUGCUGCCUUUACAGUAAAGUCCUCUGUGAAAAUCUGUAGGAGUUGGAUCUGGACCGUAUUGGGCAUUGUAACAGAAUAUAUAUUGACUUAUACAUUUUUCCCUGUGUUUUAGAUGCACAUACCAGGCCAUGCUGGAUUUAGUGGAAAUGAAGCAGCUGAUAGACUCGCUCGUGAAGGCGCUAAGAAGUCACUUGAAAUAGAAUAGGUCUUCAAACUCCUGUUUGGGCAUAAACUCCAAUAAACUUGCUUUGAGCUCUACUGAAUAUUUUAAGACUAAAGAAGACCUCUGGUUUAUCUGUAUAAUCACUUUCCUGAAAGAGAAGAUCAACACCAAUCUGAUAUCUGCAACCCAUACAGCAACAAUAAUAUUUAUAUAAAUGCAUGAAUGUUUUACAAUUUAGCAGAAUAUCAACAUUUUCCAGUUUAAUUCACUCUAAUAAGCAAAACAUGCAUUGGCAAAUUUUGGUUUUGAAUGUGCUGGGCAAACAAUUUUUGUGCACAUCUCCCACUCUGCCAUCGCACCCUUCCCCAUUGAAAAUUUUGAAUAGAAAUUAACUGUGGAAUAUGUGCUAUAGACUCUCCAGGCUUGUGACUAUUAGAACUGGUUGGUAGCGUAAGGCAUGACAUUUUGAGAGAGAGGUAAGUGUGUCCAUAUUAGUAAGGCUUUACUGACUGAUGUAUAAGAAAUUUUAUGUAAUUUUCUUACCGAUUUAAUGGAAUCCAUAAAUGUAUGUUUUGCUCAAUUAGUACCUUGAAAUAUGGAGUUUCAUUUUGUACUUUUCCUUGAAUUGUUUUCUGGCAGCUUUAAUGAGGCUAUUGUAUAGUGGAUGCUUUAAAGCAAAUUAUUAUUUUUUUUAAUAACAUUCUUUAAAUAUUCAUUGUGUAAAAUUUUAAUUUAUUGGUUUCACGUCUAGUUUGCCUGUAAAGCAAUUUGCCAAUACACUAGAUGUCAAAAUAACUUUAUUUUAUACUUUGUUUCUGUAAUUCAUGAUGAUUUCUAUGAACGGGUACCAAUUAUGCAAGAAACAGGACAAAUACAAAAAGAAUUAAUUAAUUAGUUUUGCUCAGUUUUAAAGAGCACCUAUGAUGCAACAGGUCAGGUGUACCCAAGAGGUAGAUUCCACCCCCCCCCCCAAGAGGUUGUAAAACUACAAUUUUCAUUUCCGCAGCUGUGAAGUAGUGGUGGAUCGGCAGUAUACUAGUGUGCUUUUUAAUUUUUAAAUCAGGCAGCUGAUUCUCAAAGCGUUACAGGGAGAAGGAUAUAGUACCUCCGAGAAUUCAGCAGUGAGAAGCAGGCUUACUCCUGCUAGCCCAUACAAAUAUUGUAUCAUCUUGACUAAGCAGAGGGGUGGGCUUUAGGUAGGCAGGAGAUUCCGGAGUGAAAACUUUAGCAGGCAACAGGUUACCAUGGGGAGCAUUAAGUAUCAAACCUGCUGAUAUCUUCAUUGACAUGUGCUUUUUACAGCACUGUAUCUGACUAGUAAUGACUACUGCUAAAGUAUUGACCAAGUGAAGUUUGUCAAAACUAUUGAAAGUGUUGGAAAAUAAUUUUGGAAGAAAUUAAAUUUAAAGAUACAAAGCAGAAACUGUUCAUGUAAGGAUUUUCAUUAACGAACUUGCUAACUUCUGCAAGGCAGUUAACUGCAGGUAAAUUUAAAUUAAUCAGUCAGAAAUGUAGGCACAGAAAGAAUGUCAUUUCUAAUGGUCUCAAUGGCAAACCAAUUAAACACAGAUUAAAACAAAUAAAAUGCAUUCAUUAAUUUGCAGUAUCAAAGCGGAGUAAGCUAUAUUGACCAUGUUUCAUGGAGGUAAUACCACCAGCCUUGCUCUUUGUCCACAGGGACUACUGGC